AUGUUCCCUCACCAGGGUGGCCAAGGCCAGCUUCCCGCCCACUGGCAACCGCCCACUGCCCAGCAGCCCGCGAAUGGCUCGUAUGCGCAGCCUCCGCAUAUGAACACCACGCUCCCACCUCCACCUCCACCGCCCCAAGAGCCCCGCCCCGACAUGGCCCAACAUCCUCAGUACCAGCACCAGCAGCCAUAUCGUCUGCCAGGCCCCAAUGAGUGGACACGCGCUCCUCCUCCGCCAGACUAUCGCCAGCAGCCACCACCGCCUCCCCAAUAUGUCCAGCAACACCACCAGCCGCCCGCCCCGCGACAGCGCACUGCCAUUGCCUGUCGCUACUGCCGACGCCGCAAGAUUCGCUGCUCCGGCUUCGAGGCGACUGAAGACGGCCGCUGCUCCAACUGCAUGAGGUUCAACCAAGACUGCAUCUUCACCCCAGUCUCGGCCCAGACUCAGGCCUUUGUUCCUGCACACACAGUCUGGCGCGGUGUCGGACAGCCACCGCCCAUGUACGGUGCCUAUGGGCAGCCACUACCUCCUGCCAGCCACGGCGAGCCAUAUGGCCAGCCGUCGCGCCAGCCGCAGUAUCUGCCCAGCCCCACUGCAGGUCCGUACCCAGCUCAUUCUGACUAUGGCCCGCCCAGUGCUUCUCCAGAUGAUGCGAGCCGUGAUGCGCUGGCAGGCAGGAAGAGACUCCAUCCUGAGCCUCAUACCCCUACUCUGCCGCCGCCACAUCCUGGCUCAGCGUCACAGGCUCCUCAUCGAGGCACUGGAGAAGGCUAUGCCUAUCCAGAGCCACCGUCUCUAACUUCGGCUGCUUCAACAGCAAACACUCCCACCCCUUACUCUUCCGCGCCUCCUCCCGCCCAACCUUACUACGCCGCACAGCCGCCGCGUCAAGCUUCUCCACAGAGCGCCUACCGCUACGAGCCGAGUCGCACCUCUUCAUCGCCACACUCUCAAGCACCAACCACCCCCGGUGCCCCUCCUACGCCUUAUUACGCAGCUCCACCGCAGCCCAACGGCGUCCUGCAGCCACCGCCUGCGCGCAGUGAUGGCAGAACCCCACCACCGCCUACAUCGACACCCUCGGCUAGACCCAGCAUGCGCAUCAAUGACCUCGUAAGCGACAAUGGCCCCGCUCGCAGCUCGACCGAUUCGUCCAUGCUCAACAUGCUCAACCGCCGGCCCAUGUAA